UUUGAGAGUGACGUUUGCGGUAUUGUUUUGGUUGGACGCUUGUUGAGUAGCCGAAGAUUCGUAAUUUUGUUGUGAAUAAAAUGAUUUGAAUGCAUGUUAUUACUAUAAAAUAGUAGUUUAUAAGACGAAGGACGUGUAAGAUACAAAAUGAGUAACAUUUAUAUACAAGAACCACCUGCUUUGGGCAAGGUUCUAUUAAAAACAACAGCGGGCGAGAUUGACAUAGAGUUAUGGACAAAGGAGGCUCCAAAGGCUUGUCGGAACUUCAUACAGUUGUGUAUGGAAGGAUAUUAUAAUGGCACAAUAUUUCACAGGGUGGUGCCCGGGUUUAUCGUGCAGGGUGGUGAUCCUAACGGUGAUGGUACAGGUGGAGAGUCCAUCUAUGGUGCACCCUUUAAGGAUGAAUUCCAUUCCCGUCUCCGCUUCAAUCGUCGAGGUCUUGUUGCAAGCGCGAACGCUGGCAAAGAUGACAACGGAUCUCAGUUCUUCUUCACCCUGGCUGCCACUCCUGAGUUGCAGAACAAGCAUACUAUCUUUGGGAAGGUUACUGGAGAAACUAUAUACAACGUUCUGAAACUGUCAGAGGGUCUAAUAGGCCCCGACGACAGACCAGACCAUCCCCACAAGAUAACAAGCACCACGGUCCUUAUUAACCCAUUCACUGACAUCGUGCCGAGGGUACAAGAGACCAGAGAAGAAGAUAAACCGAAGAAAAAGAAGAAGGAGCGAGUUGGGGUUAAGAACUUUGGUCUUCUCUCGUUCGGCGAGGAAGCUGAAGAAGAUGAGGGAGAGGCUGAGGAGUACAGAGGGAAACCCAAGUCUACUCACGACCUGCUAGAAGACCCCAAGUUGAGUAGCAAGACUGCUGCCGAACUAGAAUUAGAAGACAAAACACCCUUACCAGAGCCCACAGAAGAAGAGAAAGAAGAGAAAAUAAAAGAAACUGCGGCAACAGUAAGUAAUAUAAGAGACAAACUCAGUUCUAAGAAGCGUGGUAAGUCUCCAGAAGGAGAUAGUAAAAGGCAGAAGACAGAAGAUAAGAGAUCUAAGAAGAAAGAAGAGUUGAAAAAGGAAGAAGAAAAGGGAGAAGUGUCGGAGAGUGAUUCAGAGGUUGAAGAGUAUUAUAUCGGGAAGGAGAAGAAUGAUGCGAGGCAGAAGGAAAAAGAAAGAAUACAAAGCGAAAUAAAGCAGUUGAGAAAAGAAAUGAAAAAUUCCAAAGAAGAGAAGAUAAAAGAACAGAAUUUGAAAGAGCAGAGUGAAAAAGACGAUGCUAAAGGCGACAAAAAGACCGCAGAAGACAAUGAAAUGUACCAGAAGUAUGUAGAAGAACAAGAGAAGUAUAGGAAGAUGAAGGAGAAACUGCCUAAGAAGGGUGCUGCCAGAAACACCCACACUAAGCAGCCGAAACAAGUCCAAAAAAGAAAACCUUGGGUCAAGAAUUUAUAUGAAAAUCGCGAAUAUCCGGAUAACUAUACUGACAAAAAUUUCCUUCAAGAACUACGAAAAAAUUUGAACAUUGAAAAAGUAACUUUUCCACAGGCCGUCCAAGGAUCAUUUCGGGUUGCACUGCGUUUAUGUAUAUGCGUAUUAUAUGCUAUUAUAUACGUGUAUAUGUAUAAUAACUGGGUGCAUACAUACACUGUAAUAUAUACAUCAAUUAUAGCUACAUUAUUCAGUUAUAUGUUGUAUAUUAGUUUUGCAGGGAGCGCCAUUUUGAAGCACUUAAAGACUGUAUUAGUUUAUCUUAGUAUAGGGUAUUUAUUAUCACCGAUAUUACAUACUUUAACCGAUACAGUUAGUACUGAUACUAUUUACGCUUGGGCAGUCAUUAUGAUGAUAAUACAUUUGAUAUUUUUCGAUUAUAAUGUACCCGCGGCUCUCGUUUCGAAGUCAUUAUCAAUAAAUGCAGCUAUAUUUGCCUCCGUGUGCCUUGUUUCCCGUCUUUCGACCCCAUUUGACGCAUUUGUAUUGUUAACUAUUUCAGUAAUUUUAUUCGUAUUAAGCCCCCAACUGUUUAAAACUAUUUUACACACGAAAUUGUUCAAUUUGAUCUAUAUAGUUACAGUAAUGUUAACUGUUAUAGGUUUAUACAGCUUGUCUAUAACUUUGUUAUGUUAUUUUGCGAUUAUAGUUUUUAUUCUAAAUGUUUAUUGUCCAUUUUUGUUUGUCCAUUGGCAGAAAUAUAAAGAUAAUAAAUACGGGCCUUGGGAUGAAGCUGUGAUUAAUGAUUCUGAUGAUUUGGAGGAGUGUUUGCAUGUAAGGGCUUAGUGUAGCCUCCAUUUCCAGGUUGACAAGAAUUUUCUUUUGUUAGGUUGUUGUUAUAUUAUUAUUUAAACGAACUCUGUUAUCGUUAUUUAAGUUAAUUAAGGGUAUAAGUAACCUGUAUUUGCAUUAAUUUAGAAAUUAGUCUCUGAACCGAAUUUAUACUAUUAAUCUUUCAUAAUUAUUUACGAUUAUAAUAACUUAGACUGUAAAAAAGAGCGACCAGCACAAUGUUUACAAUGUUCAUAACGUAAAUUACAAUGUUCAUAACGUCUCGUUUUGUACAAUCACAAAACGAGACGUUAUGAACAUUGUAAAUGACAGAAUAGUCGACAACAUUGGAGACUCAGUUGCCAUUAAGGAGAAAAAAAAAGAACAUUGUAAACACAACAGUAUAUCUUAUUAUUAUUUCCUACUUCGCACCAAAACGAAAAUAAAUAAACGAAUAACAAAUUAAAAUAUCAUAUUGUGUCUAUUUGUUUUCUAUUUAAACGUUUUGGUCUUCUAAACUACUAGUUAGAAUUGAAUAAUAUUUUUUCUAUUAUAUAGUUAAUUUUUCGAGGAAAGUUUUAGGUAAGAUAAUAUCACGCUGCAACCAAAAGGAACCGAGCAGUUUGCGAAAAAGUCAAAAGUCAAAUCAUUUAUUUCAAUUAGACUAUAAAAGGCACUUUUGAACGUCAAGCCAAUAAAAAAAUCUAUGUAAAGGUUUAAUUUUAUGCGUGUCAGUCUGUCUCUCUGUUCUCUAGUGAAGCUAUUUGCUCGUUCCAAAGUGUAGAUUCCUAAAGAGAAGAACGAGCAAGAAACUCCAUGGUUACUCUUUUUUAAUCAAACUGCUGGUAGUUAGAAAAUUUUAAAUUGUCGUUAUUAUAGGAACAAUAAGUCUACCCCUUUAGUGAAUAGAAAGCGUAAUGUUAUUAAUAAAACAAGAGUUUAUUUGAGUGCAGUGACACAACAAGUUUAUUUUUUGUGAAGGUCACAAUACAUAUCCUUAACUAUAAUGGUAAAAUAUAGAUGGCGUUAUUAAGUUGUUUUUAUAGGUAUGUUAAUAGCAAUAAAAUGUUCACAGUUUUUUGUAUGUAUAUUAUGUAAUUAUGCCAAUGUAUUAGCCAAAUAUUUAAAUAAAU